AUGCUUCCAGAUUUCAGCCCGAUAAGAGCUGUCGCUACUUUUGGCGGCCCCCUUACUCCUGGACCUGUCUUGAUGAUCCGCAUUCCGCCUUCUCUGAACGACCAAGAUUCCGGUGAGACACACAACGGGAUUGCACUGCUCUCCCUAGAAUCUUCGAUACCGAUUGAACUGAAAUUUGGGAAGAUUCGAUGCAGCGGUGGCCACCCAUGCCAGGCUUGUGGCACGUCGCGCAUCAAAUGUACAUAUCUUCGAGCCCAGCAAACCCGCGGUCCACAGCGUUUGCGCUCCAAGACGAAAUAUCUCAUUGACCAAGCUCAACACGAGCUCGGCGCUCAGUCGCCGCAGGGUUUGAUUCACUCCAGUGAGUCUCCGAGGACUGACAUCACGACAAAAAUUCCACUGGCCGGGCGAUCCAGCGAUGGACAGUCAGAGAGAUGCCGAAUCCCCACGAACAUCCUUGCCGGUGCACUCUAUAUCUACCAUGUGCGCUUGUAUCCUGUCUGGCCAAUCGUCAAAGUUGAAGAUGUGGUCUCUCGUCUUCAACAAGAUACCGAGGGGGACGAUCUUGAGACAUACGCGCUGGCGACAGCCGUUGCAGCAGCAGCAAUCGCCCAACUGAGGUUAGAAGAGCACUUGUUGCCUGAUAAAUCGAUCACUGCCGAGACCUUCGCAGCCGAAAGUAUCAAAGUUCGAAGAUCUUGUGGAUACCGGUCUGCAGUGAACCUCAACAACGUGCGGACUUCAUUCUUUCUCCAUGUCUACUACGAAAGCCAGCAGUCAGGCCGGGGUGAAUCGUUGCUUUACCUGAGAGAGGCCAUUUCUCUGGCCCAGAUGAUGCAUCUACAUCGGGAAGCAUCAUACCUUGGACUGCCGUCAGGUGAGCAGCAGAUUCGGCGUCGAGUACUAUGGUUGCUUUUCAUCACCGAACGGGGUGUCUGUAUUCUACACAAGCUUCCUGUGGUUCUUAGGACUAACAUCUCAACACCUGCGCUGGAUGUCGACGACGAACCCCAAGUUCUCCCCGCGUUCUUGAAGCUCCUUACUUUGUUCCGCCUCUUCGAACAGUCCAAGAUGUUCGAUUUCAUAGAAGACGACAGCCUUGGAGUGUGUCCAAUUCAGGGUGAUGUGAGGAAUUUGGACAGCAGAUCGUUAGAUAUGCUGCACGAUCAACUACAAGAGGGGUCGGCUUUGAUGGAUCACAUCUCGGAUGUGCAAAAGGCGGAUCUGUGCGUCACUAGACACUGGAUGCGCAUAAUACUAUGGAAGGUCUCCGCAAAGAACCACGAAUCCUUUCCAUAUCGAUGGCGUCUUUCUCCGUCGUUGCCCAUCAUGGUUGCAAAAGAUCUUCUAAAUAUCGUAUCUCAGCUACCUCGAACUGCGAUUGAGGCCCAUGGGCUUGGCAUAGAGCUGAAGUUGUACGAGAUUGCCAAUUCACUCGCUGAUGCAGUGCUAGAUCUGUCUCGGUUACCCAGGGCUCCGGUCUGGGAUGGUGAAAGUCUCCCAAGAAACAUCUUGGCUCGGCUGUUCUCUCUUUUAACCACCUUCCGGAGCAGUGGAAAGAAGGAAGUAGUCGAGUUGUUGUAUGAGAAGGUGGCUCAAUCAGAGUAUCGAGCCGGCCCCACAAUGCCGGCUACAAUCAAAGCACAAUAUAGACCGAUGAAUAGUAGUCAUCUGAUUGGAGCAACUGCGCCUGAGGAGGAACUAGUCGAGCAAGCUUCUCCACUUAUAAGGCCCGAUCUCAUCAGAACAAUGUCGGAUUGGCACGGAAGCCAAGAUCUGCAUGCUUCGAUGCCCCUCAUUGGCCCGAAUUUGGCUACGCAAGGCAAUAUCCAUUCUGUGGAGAUGCAGGUGGAACAUCACAUAUGCCUAGACGACAUGCUAGCCGGUGGCUUUGUGGAAUCGUGUUUCUCUCCCGCAAAUAAUGACUAUUUUGCAUCUGGCUAUUAUUCACAUUUCACCGAGUCCAUCGAGCCCCCACUAGGAUUAGACGAUACGAUGAAUGACCCCUCGAGAUACUCCUCAUUACCACCGUCGGUGCCCUCCUAUUCCGUCCAGAAGUUGAUCGGAAAUUUUGUAUUGCAAAACGCGGGCGGCCCAUCCCUGUCUGACAUAUUCUUUAACGAAGAUAUGACAAAACAGAGCUGUUCUAGUGAAAGUUUUAAUGUUUAA